AGGUUGUGACUGUGCGAGGCUCGUGUGAAGCCGAGGUGGCGUUUUGGGGGAAGAUCCAUGUUGUGGGAACGUGGAAACUAUGUUUAGUUAACAUAUACAGUGUCGUUCUUUUCUAAAAAAACUAUGGAGUGGGAUUUCAAACCUCCACCAGAAGCCCCAGUUUUUGAGCCUACAGUUGAAGAAUUUAAGGACCCUCUUGCUUUUAUAGCGAAGAUCAGACCCAUCGCAGAAAGAGCAGGCAUCUGCAAAAUAAAGCCCCCACCGGAUUGGCAACCACCAUUUGCAGUAGAUGUUGAAAAUUUCAAGUUCACUCCACGUGUCCAGAGAUUAAAUGAACUUGAGGCAACCACUAGAAUUAAAUUAAACUUCCUGGAUCAGAUUGCAAAGUUCUGGGAGUUGCAGGGCUCUUCACUGAAGAUUCCAACUGCAGAAAGGAAGCUCUUAGAUCUGUAUUUAAUACAUGAGAUUGUUCAGCAAGAAGGUGGAAUGGAUGUUGUAACGAAGGAGAGAAAAUGGUCUAAAGUGGCUUCCCGCAUGGGGUACCCACCAGGAAAGAGCAUUGGUUCUCUCUUACGGCAACAUUAUGAGCGUAUUCUUUACCCUUAUGACAUUUUUAAAAGUGGAGCAAGCUUGGAAAACAUUAAUUUGGAAGAUCUGGAGGAGAAAGACAAAAAAGAUACAGAUUACAUUCCUCAUGGUAUUCCAUCACGUCAGGCAAUUAAGCCUCCUCCUGAACAAGUUGCUCGGCGAUCUAAACGGCACACAAAAGGAACAAUGUCCUGUUCAGAAAAUGCGGGUGAUACAGCAUGUUCCCCAAGUAAUGAGUUACAGAAGUUGCAGUUCUGUGGUGUAGGACCAAAGAUGCCAGGCUGCAAUGUAAUCAAAGGUAGAGAGCAUGGCUUUUCAUCAUUGUUCCUGUCAUCUCAAUAUAAUCUUGGUAAAUUAAAAGGAAAAAUUAAUCCAAUUGAUCUCAUUGUAUGCCUUGUGUGUGGACGAGGAGAUGCUGAAGCCAAUAUGUUGCUCUGUGAUGGAUGUGAUGACAGCUACCACAAUUUCUGCCUUGUUCCACCUUUGCAUGAAAUACCUAAAGGAGACUGGAGAUGUCCACGGUGUGUUGCAGAGGUAGUGCAGAAGCCCCAUGAAGCAUUUGGGUUUGAGCAAGCAAAAAGAGAGUAUACACUUCAGGAAUUUGGAGAAAUGGCUGAUCAGUUCAAAUCAGAUUACUUUAAUAUGCCAUCUCAUUUGGUUCCUACUUCAGUGGUUGAGAAAGAGUUUUGGCGUUUAGUAAGAGCAGUAAAUGAAGACGUGUGUGUUGAAUAUGGUGCAGAUAUACAUACCCUUGAACAUGGUUCGGGCUUUCCCACAAAAACCAACAAGUGUUCCGUACCUGGAGAGGAAGAAUAUAUUAAUUCAGGCUGGAACCUCAACAAUCUUCCUGUCUUGGAAAACUCGAUUUUGAAACACAUUAAUGCUGAUAUAAAUGGAAUGAAGAUUCCAUGGGUUUAUGUUGGGAUGUGCUUUGCUACAUUUUGCUGGCACAAUGAAGACCAUUGGAGCUAUUCCAUCAACUAUCUUCAUUGGGGAGAACCUAAGACAUGGUAUGGUGUACCUGGAGAUAAAGCUGAAGAUUUUGAGAAUUCUAUGAAGGCUGCUGCUCCAGAACUUUUUGAAACUCAACCGGAUUUACUUCACCAGCUUGUUACAAUAAUGAACCCAAAUAUUCUUAUGGCUUCAAGGGUUCCCAUUUAUAGACUGGAUCAACAAGCCGGAGAAUUUGUACUUACGUUUCCACGCUCCUAUCAUGCUGGAUUCAAUCAAGGCUACAAUUUUGCAGAAGCUGUAAACUUUUGCCCUGCUGAUUGGCUGUCAAUUGGACGUCUGUGUAUCUCCCAUUACAGUCUUCUCCAUCGUUUCUGUGUAUUCUCUCAUGAUGAGCUAGUUUGUAAGAUGGCAACAGAUCCAGAAAGGUUAGAAAUCAGUAUUGCUGCUGCCACUUUCCAGGACAUGAAGAAGAUGGUGGAAGAUGAAAAGGAAUUAAGAAAAUGCCUUCUUGAAUGGGGUGUGACUGAGGCUGAACGUGAAGCAUUUGAACUAUUACCAGAUGAUGAGCGUCAGUGUGAUUACUGUAAAACUACGUGCUUCCUCUCUGCUGUUACCUGUUCGUGUGACACUAAUAAGCUAGUGUGUAUCAAUCACAAGGAAAAACUGUGCUGUUGUCCACCAAGCAAACAUUGUUUAAGAUACCGCUACACGCUCGACGAACUACCAGUAAUGCUGCAGCGUUUGAAACUGAGAGCAGAAGCUUUUGAUAAUUGGACUAUCAGAGUACAAAAUGCUCUAGAGGCUCCUGAAGAUGAAAAACUAGAUAUUAUGGGAUUAAAGGAACUGACACAAGAAGCAGAAAUCAACAAAUUUCCUAAAAUGGAGCUGCUAGAUGCAUUAGAAGAUGUCGUUCAAGAUGCUGAGAAAUUUUCAUCUCUUGCUCAGCAACUUCUGAGUAGGAAAGUUAGAACAAGAAACAGACAAUCAGUGGACAGCAAGUAUGGGUCCCAGCUUACAUUAGAAGAAAUUCAGUUGUUUUAUGAACAGAUACAGAAACUUCCUUGUGAAAUUAAAGAAGGAAUGAUGAUCAAGGAUAUGGUAGAACAGGUGACACUGUUUGAAAAGGAGGCCAAGGAGCUCUUGGACCAAGAAAUGCCAGAUUUGAAGAAACUAGAAAAAGUUUUGGAUAAUGGUUUAGCAUUAGACAUAGAUCUUCCUCAGGUUCUUUUGGUUAAACAUAAACUCCUGCAAGCUCGCUGGCUGGAAGAAAUGAAGUCCACUCUAGCUAACCCAAUGGAAGUAACACUAGACAUGCUCAGAAAACUCUUAGACUCUGGAGUGAACCUUCCUCCUCAUCCGAGCAUAGAAAAAUCCAUGUCCCAGCUUCAGGAAUUGCUAACUGUUGGAGAACGGUGGGAAGAAAAGGCUAAAGCUUGUUUACAGGCCAAACCUCAACAAGGAUUACAAGUCCUAGAAGUACUGGUAAAUGAAGCCUGUAAUGUGCCUGUUUACCUUCCUAAUGUCCUGACACUACGUGAUGCUGUUAAAAAAGCAAAGGAUUGGGUGCUGUCUGUUGAAAGAGUGCAGAAUGCAAACCAAUAUCCAUAUGUUGAAGUACUUGAAGAUUUAAUAACAAGAAGUCGACCACUCCCUGUUCAUCUAGAAUUGCUGCCGCAGCUGGAGUCCCAGGUGGCUGCAGCCAGUACACUUCGGGAAAGGACUGCUCGCACUUUUUUGAAGAAAAACUCUGUGUUUACUCUUCUUGAGGUCCUGUCACCCAGAAAAGAUGUGGGCACAUACUUGUUUCAUAAGAAAAAAAAGAAAACAAAGGAAGGGAAUGUGGAAUAUGACAAGGAUAGGGAAGAAUCAUCUUUUCUUGAUACGCUACUAGAAAACGACAGGGAUCCAGCUGAAAUUGUUGCAGCAUUCAAGUUGGCUGAACAAAAAGAAGUAGAGGCUAUGGGUAAAUUGCGGAAGAAAAAUGUAAUGAAACGAACAGAGGACACUGGUGAUGCUCGUUACUGUAUAUGUCGUCGACCUCUGACAAACCAGAUGCUUCAGUGUGAACUGUGCAAAGACUGGUUUCAUACUACUUGUGUUCCUCUACCAAAAUCAGCACAUACAAAGAAGCAGCAUAAUCUCUCAUCUGUAGCAGCAGUUCAUGUUGCACUUGACUCCAAAUUUUUAUGUCCCAUGUGCUUCCGAUCACGGAGGCCAAGGUUAGAAACCAUCCUCUCACUUUUAAUGUCCCUGCAGAAGCUUCCGGUUAGAUUGGCUGAAGGUGAGGCUCUUCAGUGUCUCACAGAAAGAGCAAUGUCUUGGCAGGACCGUGCUAGACAUGCUCUUGCCACAGAUGAGUUGGCAGCAGCUCUGGCCAAACUAUCAGUUUUGUCUCAGAAAAUGGUGGAACAGGCAGCUCGGGAGAAGACGGAGAAGAUCAUCAACUCGGAGUUGAUGCGAGCUGCAAAUAAACCUGAAUUACAUUCUCAUCUGAGUAGUGUUGCUCAGUCAGCAUUUGGUGGAAUUCAGAGUUUAAGUCAUAACCACCAUCUUGGUGAUCUAGGUAGUGAAGCUAAACUUGAAGGUUGUGUCUUAUCACCACCAGGAGUCAUGCUUUCAUCAAGCAUGGAAGAGGUUAUGCCUGUAGCAACUGAACAAGUGGUUCAUCAAAAUGAACUUGUUGACACUAUGGAGAUCCAAGUAACCACAGAAUGUGACCAACAAACUGAAGAAAAAGGCAGCAGACUUCAAGAAGAUAAUGCCUCACCAUAUAACAACUUAGAACAUGCUUACUCUUCUGCUUCUAAAGGAUCCACAGGUUCUACACCACGUAAGCAUGCCAGAAAGUCUCCACUGGUACCUCGGCAGUUGGAAGUUCCUGUCUUAGAACUGUCUGAGGAUGCUAAGUAUCAGCUAGAGGAAUUGAUGAUGGAAGGAGACCUGCUGGAGGUGUCUCUUGAUGAAACUCAACAUAUUUGGAGGAUACUACAAGCGACUAAACCAGCACGUGAUCCUCUGGGACUAGGAUUUUUUUCAGAUGUUGAGAAUUUACAAGCAGAAACAUUUGGAAAGCCUGAAAAAGAGAAGAAAAAACUUAAGAAACGGAAAUUAGAGGAUGGAAAGUCUGUGGAAAAGUCAAAGGCUAAAGAUAAACUAGUUAAACCAAAGCUACAGAGUUCAGCUAAAACACCUAAUGAAAAUAUAAAAUCAAAGAAAAAGAAACUUAAAGUAAGUAAAGAAGGCAAGCCACUGACCAGUGGACCCACAACAAUGAACAGCAUUGAAAAGGGAAACUUGAGCAGCAAGAGUCUUGGACCUCCAAAGCGCCUAAAGCCUUUCUCAAAGAAACCGCUUAAAGUGAAGAUUGAAGCUAAGGAGAAAAGAGAAUCAUUGACCAAUGUGAUGAAGAAAGAUGAAGACAAGCCCAAUAAAGCACUGAAACCAAAACCUAAGUUAUUGAAGAAAAAGCAAAGCAGAAAGCCCUUCAGUAAAGAAGGUAUUCAAGUGAAGUUAGCUUUGGGAAAAUCAGUUAAAACAGAAGAUGGAGCGGUAGAAAAGGACUCUCAUUCAGAAGAAGAGGAGGAUCUUUGUUCAGCUACUAAGUGUUUACGGCCGACAGGAGAAGCAGUCAACUGGGUUCAAUGUGAUGGAGGAUGUGAGGAAUGGUUCCAUUUAUAUUGCAUGGGUUUGGAGUUGAAGGAUGUCAGUGAAACAGAGGACUACAUUUGCCCUGGCUGUGUCGAGAUGUCUGCUAGAGAAGCAAUGGUAGUGGCUCCCAUUGACAUCAAAACAGAAGUUUCAGACAGUGAUUAUGGCAGUCAGUCUACAGACUUACUGUCACUUGAAAGGCAAGUUUUAGAAGAGUCAAACAGUAGUUCAUGCCCCACAGGGAACGAGGAUACCAAACAAGUAAUGGUAAAUGGUGGCCUAUCUCCAGCUCAGAAUACUUCCAGUGUUAUCAAACCUGGACGUGAAUGUUCAUCAAUGCCACUGUCAGUGUUUGCUGUUGUUGAUGGAUAGAUUUCACUCUAAAGUGGAGUUUAGGUUUGUGUAAUGAUGGGGUAAAUAGAUCGUUAUUUGUCAGAUCAUCCAUUGUGGUUUAUAUUUCAUGUGUGUGAAUUCAUCGUGGGAAAGCAGACCCAAUAAUCAAGUCCUGUAUAUUUUGUAGAAUGAUGAAUGUUUUAAUUUUAUAAUCUCGUCACAGUCUACGUUUUGAAGCAAUGAUUCUAGAUUAGCCAGCUGUUAUUACAUUUCAAAAUAUUUUCU